AUGAAGGAUCCAACCUCAAACGUGUAUUGUCUCCGGCCAGGGGAGCCCAUACCCACCUUCUUGCUCCCUCGAAACUCUUCCCGCACAGUUCCUCGCGGCGAUUAUGCUCCCCCGACAUUGGGUCCAGCUGUAACAUCCGCAUCAGCCUCAGCUUCAGCUUCAACUUCGCGUAGCGCAACGCAACGUCUGCAAACUGUAAGGGCAACUCCUGCCAGCCCGAAGGAAGAGAGCACACAGCACACAACAACCUCACAUGAGUCUGAGCACAGAGGGGGAUCCUUAGAGACUAUCAAAUACAAGGGAGGACACCAACAGUGGAGGGCCACACUGGAGGAGCCCAGUGGCCAGGCCAGUGCUGGGCCAGCCAGUGGAGACGUUGGAGGCGAGGACCAAUGCCCGACUGGGAAGAGGGGUGGUGCGGAUGAGCGCAAGGCAUCUGGUCUCAGUGCGGUGCAGGGAGACGUAGGGCAGCGGAGCAGUGUUGGAGGCCCUGCGUUGACUGAAGCCGACUGUCUUCGUCUUCAAGAGGCUCUCGAGUUUGUCAAAGAGAACGAUGAGCAUGCGGAUAUCUUGGCUCGCCGGGAGCAGGACAUUGAUGAGUCGUUGGUCAACAAGAUUGUGGAGCGAGAUGUAAGAAUGGAUGAGGAUACGUUAUUGGAGGAGACUAAAGCAUCGGAGGCUGCACACGACUCUGUCCAUGGCAGGCACUUGGAGGAGCUCCUCACGAGAGUCCGGAACAAGAUUCGUGUGCACAAGAUGCCGUCGUGCUAUAAGAAUGGCCAGUUGUAUGAUCGACCACCGCACCCAAUCUUCACACUGCAUCGUCAAGGAACGCAUGGCUGUAGCGGGGGCCUCAACCCGAGCCCGCUUUACCUGCGCAAGACCUUCAUCUGGCUUCCUAUGUAUCUCCCUGGUCAUCCAGAGAAAUUCAUCUGCACCUGCGGGAGGUUGUUGUCUUCAAACGCGUAUCUCUCUACACGAAGCACAGUAUCUAAACUCGUCAUGCACCAGAUGACCAACACAUUUGCAUCGCGUUUUGGACCCGCACCCUUUGCGGAGCUGUUCUCGGAAAUUCAGCACCGUGCGCACGCUGAUGGUGAGAUGAUGUACCUCAGUGCGGCCAAGUUCUAUGGUGUUGCACCAGCUUGGUCGUUCUCUGCCUUUGACGACCGUGACAACUACGCUGGCUCAACUUCAUCCGUGGCGUAUCUCAAAGCGCUCUUACCGCUCACCAUUGCAAAAGCAGAUCAUACCUUUGAUUUCUUGAAACACAUGGGUGGCGUGAAGGGCGAGUGGAUCUUUACUGCAGCGUACACAAUCUUGAAUGAGUUCGAGGAAGUUCAUGCGCACUCUCUGACAUUAACGAAGUCAUUGUCCUUUGUCGAGGAGAUAUAUGUGUCUGACCCCAUUGGUAUCGAGAACGCCAUGAAUGAGAUCUUACAGGAUCUGCUGGUCAUGUCAAGCGCAUCAGCCUCCAUGGGAGUGCUUGCUCUUGAUCUUGUAGCUUCCAAUCGCAAGCAAGGUCUACGGAUAGAUACCAUGCAUCUUCGCACACAUAACCGUCUCCUGAUUUUAAAAAUGUCAGACUAUGACCACCGUGCACAGUUUCCUCCAUCUCUCCUUGCCAUACUCACCAAUUCAUCCCUAAUCAAAGUGGGAUUUGGCAUACGCCGGUCAUUCCAGCAUCUCAUUACAGUCUUUGGCAUCAGCAAGAUUGAGACUGUACUGCGCACUCGGAGCAGCUCCAUCUUUGAUUUAGGAAAGCUCGCCAAGCUCAAGGGCGUGGUCAAUGAUGACAAGGCCUCUCUCCAUGCCCUGGCUGGUACUGUGCUGAGGCAAUCAUAUAUGCCGUCGCAAAAUGUAUCGGGACUGUCUGAGGGAAUCGACUGUCAGUGGCAGAUAUUCAUUGCUCUGCACAAACGUGACGCAGUUGGACUGCCUCUGAUGUCCUCUCAGUCUGAGAUGGACAGACAGCUAGUCACACUUGUCCUUGCCUGUAAACCGGUCGCUGAGGGCUGCAUCGUGGGUCAUCAUCCGGGACAUUUGGAUGUGGUCAUGGAUGCUGAAGGAACCACAAAACGGAUCAACAUGUCGAGCUCUCAGUCUCUGAUUUUGCUUACAAAGAUGCUUGUUCCCGGCGCCAUUCUCAAUUUACACAAACAGACGCUGGAGUGGAUUGUUGGUCAUGGCAGUCAAGCCGUUGUCACAACGUCCCAGCUCCGGUCUCAAGGAUCAUCAGAUCCCGUACCUGCUUGUUCUAUUGCAGACUUGCUUGGUGUGCCGGCACCUCCCAAUCCCAUAACAGAGUAUCCAGAUUUUGAGCCAUAUGCACCAUCUCCCAGCAACUUCGAUUGCGCUGAGGAGGUCUGGGAGUGGGACUCGGAUGACGACGACACUGAAGGUGAAGACGACUAUGCGCAUUUUACAUUCAAUACACUUGAUUCAGUGAUUCAGAUGGAGGUUGAUGAGAAAGCUUCGGCAGACAUGCUUAUCACCAACUUCAAUACUGGUGUUCACUUUGUCCAUUGUGCAUGCACAGAGCCCAAAUUUCCGACACGUGUUCUUGACGAUGCGCUCCACUUCAUGGAUCGACUCUUACGCUUGCUAUCAAGGAAGAACUCAGCCUUCAAGGCAUUUGCUCACGAUUUCAGUGAGGCUAUCUUUAUCCGGGACCAUGCAGAUGAGACCGCCGUGCGUGCGGUCCUGGAAAAGCAUGGCAUUGUGUGGGAGUAUGCCAAACGUGCAAAAUUGGCGGUACUCAAUCGGCGAAUCCGACGCAUCAUUCCACCUAGGGACAUCCUUCUGAGCCAUCUGGACAAGCUCUUUGAUGCUUACGCUGACCUUAUCUGUUCAACAAAGUCCGCUUCAGGUCCAUUCUUCACACCUGACGCCCGAGAGAUGUGGAAGAAUCUGCGCAAGACAGCGCAGCAGGGAUAUCUCUCAGACCCUCCCUCUAUUCCUCUGUACUAUCUCAUGGGUAAGGAUCAUGACGGUCUCAAUCUGUACCGUACUGUUCAAGGCACAAACUCAAUCGAAGGCGGAUUUCACAUGGCCAUACAUCGUGUCUUUGGAUCUUUGCGAGCAUCUGCAGAACUUGCAGAAUGUCUUCUCAUCAACUGGAUACUGCGGCGCAACAUCAAGGUCGGAUACCACAACCGUACGGGCCUGAAAUACCAUGGCCACUUUGCUCUCUGGGAUUGCGACAAGAUUGUUGAGUUUGCAAUCCUCACUGGGGUCAGACCAUCCUUCCCUCUGCCUCGUAUUCUCCCUACACGCAUUGCCACAAGUGAGACAAUUGGAAUUCUGCCCGUUUCGCAAUCCCUUGCAACGUCACUCAAAAUUCCCACACUUCCACGACCCCGAGUCGCUGGAGUUCCUCAUCAUCGUGAUGUGCCGGUUCACAUUCUGACGCACUUGUCAACAAAGCCAACAAACCAGUACCGGUACCUCCAGCUACGACAGCUUAAAUUGGCAGCUGUUCUACCUGUGCACACUCGCAAGGAGUUUUCCAUGUUCAAGAGACAUGUUGAUGAUCGAGACUUCCGAAAGGGCAGUGAUCGCGUGUAUCCAUCUCACGAGCGAUGGAGGAAUGUGGACUUCGAAGAGUUCACGAAGUUCUGGAAUAAUCAGGUUACAGGGCAAUCUAGAGCAACCACGGACUCCAACCAACGGCUCUACUACAAGAUUCCCUCUCAGCUCGAAGCUCAUCACAAACACGUCAUUGCUUGGUCCUCGGAACUUGCGACACUUGCGAUUGAAGGCAAUUUUGCCGUGCGAAAAGAGUUUCUCAACGCGCUCAAGAAUACUAAACCAAUGGGUGCCCCUGCGGCCAUCACAUUCCCGCCGAACAACAAUGAGGACAUCUGGGACGGCGAAGUCGAUCUAUCCAUCGGAGGUUUCUACGACAAGAACUCCUUCAAUCCUUCUACUGGCAUCCCAGCGCCUGCAACAUACAAUGCGGAGCUCGACUUUGACGAAGUGUCAUCCAAACCCAACGGAAUCCCUGCUCCCAGCUCAUCUCUAGUAAUCAUUGAAGAGAGCUCCCACCACGCUUCGAGUGCCCUGAGUGCUCCCACCCCUCUUCCGUCCUCCAUGGCUGUACCCGCCAUGUCGACAACAAUGCCAAUCCGUCAGACCGUGCUUCUGGAACGAUUUCAUCCAUAUAACCCUGAGCUGACCGUACGAAACCCCAAAGAUGAUCGCUGUGCUGUUUGCAUGAACGACUAUUGCGAGCUGCGGUGGUCGUGUCCAGGCAAAGGAAAUCGGAGCAGGUGCCGAUGCACGCACCCGCCUGUGCAGAAAGGGAAGCGUGUGCGUAUCCACGAAGAUGUGAUUGUCGAGUUGUGGCAGAAGGGACCUGCCGCCAUUGCAGCAGCGCGCGCGGCACGGCAUAGCAAACGCCAAUAG